AUGAUCGAAGCAUUUGAUCUUACGUGGAACGACAAAGAAGACAUGAUAAUCUUUGACAGACUAUGGCAGGGUUUAGCGGAUCUCGAUGAGCCUCUGGGUGAGGGGUGCAUGGCUGUUCUUAGGCAGUUCGUCGUAGGCGUCCGUGGGAGGAUACUUUUUGUUACCGAGGAAGGCGACGUAGGCGCACUAUAUCACCCGGAACCGCUGACGGCUGUGCAACCGGGCGAUGUUGUCGUCGGCCUCUUUGGCAUCAAUUUUCCGUUCGUGCUCCGGCCAAUCGUGGAGGAGCCUGGUGAUGGACAGACGUACGCGAUGGUCAACAUUGCACAUGUGGCUAACCACGAAUACGGGCACGAUUUCGUCCGCAAUGCUGAAUCGGACGCAGAGUGGCGGGAUUUCGAAAAGUUCGGCAUGCGCGAGUACACGAUCGUUUGA